AUGAAGUCCACACUCCCCCUCCUCGUCGCAGCAGCAGCAUCCCUCACCACCUGCACCCCCCUCACAAAACGCCAGUUCGGCAGCUUCGGCGGCUUCUCAUCCUCCACCUCCUCGGACCUCGAGAAUGGCGACUGCAAAGCCGUAACUUUCAUCUUCGCCCGCGGAUCCACCGAGACCGGGAACAUGGGCCCAACUGUCGGUCCUUCGACGUGCUCCGCCCUCAAGGCAGAGUUGGGAGACGAUGCAGUGGCGUGUCAGGGUGUUGGGGGUUCCUAUGUGGCAGAUCUCGGCUCAAAUGCGUUGCCGGAUGGGACUACGAAGGCCGCGAUCGAGGAGGCGACGGGGUUGUUUGAGUUGGCGAAAAGCCAGUGUCCGGAUACGCAGGUCGUUGCUGGAGGGUAUUCUCAAGGAGCUGCUCUCAUGGCUGCGGCCGUUGGCGGUCUUGAUGCCGAUACUAUGGCUACGGUUAAGGGUGUUGUGUUGUAUGGGUACACGAAGAACCUGCAGAAUGGUGGGAAGAUUCCAAACUACCCAGCAGACCAGACGAAAGUCUUCUGCAACGCGAGCGACGGCGUCUGCUCUGGUACACUGGCGGUCACCGCUGGUCACUUGACUUACGGAGCGGACGUGCAAGAGGCAUCGGAGUUUCUGGCUGGCACUGUGCAGGCAUAA